GUAUACUAUGUUGUAUAGCAGGCACUCACUCCACUUCCGCGGUAGCAAUAAAUACUUGAAGGUCAGGUAGAUACAUCCCACUCAUUGACAGCCCGGAAACCAACCUCUGCUUCCUUCCACCCUCCCGCCCUCCCACCACGACCACUGGUGCAGCAUAUCGCCAUUGCCGGGGUGCGCAGUUAAUCGAUUGGCGCCUUUUGCCGACAAACACAGUAAUGGGUACCAGCGACGACAACAACUCGUCCGUCGCGGCCGGGCCGGUGGCCGGCAAUUCAUCUCUCCCGGACCGGCGCCCGCCCUCGGUUUCGACGGAUGACAAGUCGCCCGGUGUCCGCCGUGCCGAGGCUCUCGCCGCUGUUUUGACGACCACGGACCGCGUCUUCAUCUUCUUGGGCGUCUUCCUCGUCGCCUUCGCCUACGGGCUCGACGGCGUCCUCCGCGCCUCCUACCAGCCCGUGGCCACGGCGUCCUUCAACCAGCACUCGCUGUUGGCUACUGUCAACGUGCUGCGGUCCGUCAUCGCCGCUGCUGCCCAGCCCACGUCGGCCAAGAUCGCCGACAUAUUUGGACGCGCCGAGCUAGUCGUCCUGUCCGUCUUCUUCUAUGUCCUCGGCACCCUCAUCGAGACCGUCUCCAACAACGUGGGGACCUUUUCCGCCGGCGCCAUCAUCCACCAGAUCGGCUACACCAUGAUUAUGCUGCUCGUCGAGGUCAUCGUCGCCGACAUUUCGUCGACCCGCGCCCGUCUCUUCUUCAGCUACGUCCCGGCCAUGCCCUUCCUCAUCACCACCUGGGUGAGCGGCAACAUCUCGGCCGCCGUCCUCUCGGCCACCACCUGGCGCUGGGGCGUCGGCAUGUGGUGCAUCAUCUACCCCGUCUGCGCCAUGCCACUGGUGGUGAGCCUGACCCUCGUCAGCCGCCGCGCCCGCAAGCGCGGCCUCAUGGAGAAGUACAGCGAGGCGGUCAAGGGGGAGCCCUGGGGCUCCUUUCUAGUCGAUCUCUUCUGGCGCCUCGACGUGAUCGGCGUGAUCCUCUUGAUCGCCGUCUUCGCCCUCAUCCUCGUCCCUAUGACCAUCGCCGGCGGUUUCCAGGCCUCCUGGACGGCCCCGCACAUCCUGGGCCCCCUCAUCGUCGGCGUCUGCACCAUCCCCGUCUUUGUCCUCUGGCAGAUGCGCGCCCCGCACCCGCUCGUGCCCUUCUACCUCAUCAAGGACCGCGCCGUCUGGGGCGCCCUCGGCAUCGCCGUGCUGCUCAACUGGUCCUGGUACAUGCAGGGAGACUACCUCUACACCGUCCUCAUCGUCGCCUUCGACUUUGGCACCGAGAUGGCCACCCGCCUCAGCUCCUUUUACAGCUUCUUCAGCGUCGUCAGCGGCUGCCUCCUCGGCCUCGUCGUCUUCAAGGUCCGCCGCCUCAAGAUCUUCAUCGUCGCCGGGACCUGCCUCUUCAUGGUCGCCUUCGGCCUGCUGAUCCACUACCGCGGCGACGCCAACACCUCGAGCCGCGCGGGCGUCAUUGGCGCUCAGAUCGUCCUGGGCAUCGCGGGCGGCAUGUUCCCGUACCCGGCCCAGGCGUCUCUGCAGACCGUGCUGAGGCACGAGCACCUCGCCGUCAUGACCGGCCUGUACCUGGCCACCUACAAUCUCGGCUCGGCCUUCGGCAACGCCGUCUCGGGAGCUAUCUGGACGCAGGUCCUGCCCGGCCAGCUCAACCAGCGCCUCGCCCCCUUCAACAACGCCACUCUGGCCACCCUGGCCUAUGGCAAACCCUUCGACUUCGCCGCCGAGUACCCCGUCGGCACGGGCGAGCGGCAGGCCGUCAUCGACGCUUACAAGCACUCCCAGCGCCUCUUAACCAUCACGGGUAUCUGUCUCUGCGUGCCGCUGAUCGCCUUUGCCGCUGUGUUGCGGAAUCCGAAACUGAACGACCAGCAGACGCUCGCUCAGGACUCGCCGGCGGUCCGCGCUCCUGUUGGCGCUGUCGAGGGACGCGGAGAUACAAAGGAGGUUUCGGCGUCAUGAUACCCUAAGUGCACAGGAGAAGAGGCUUGUCGUAGUAGUACCUGGUCAUGUUUUGGAUAGUUUCAAUGGACUGUUGAUGCAUCACAAUGACUUACUUGACUUCCCGUCCGACGCCGCAUCAAAGUGGGUGCAGGAUUCAGGGACACAGAGGUCAGACUUGGCUGACCCACCACCGGGAACGACGGACCAGGGGCCGACAUGUAUUUAUAGAGCUUCUACCAGUGUCUUCUGCACCUGAAGAACCAACGAACUUUUAUCACCACUUCUGAGUCUCAUACUAGAGUUCCAGCAGUGCCUGCC